UCCUCUCUCUUUCUCUCUUUAUCGACGCCUGUCCCACUCCCGUGCGCUCAUCACCGGAGCCAAGCGGAAGAAACUCUGAUAUCCCACAAUCAGGAAAUACCAUUCAAACUUACCACAGCUGGCGCUUAGUGCAGCACUUUCUCCGUUAAACGCAUUUUGACCAAGUAGAAAACUUUUUUCUUGCGAGAAGAGAUGUGGGUGGUAAACAGUCUGGCCGAACCGUAACCCACUAACGGAGCCUUAAAAACCAGCGGACAGAAAAGCCUACUGGAGCGACAAACAUCAUCACGGUCCGCUAUUUCUGUUGACCGACUGAAUAUGUUGCAGUGGUUGAGUGAAGUGUUCUGGCAGGAGCGUCUGUGGUUCCCAGAGGGUUUGGGAUGGGCUGACCUGGAAGACCGUGACGGGCGGGUCUAUGCGAAGGCACGGGAUUUGUGGGUGGCAGUGCCAAUCGCCAUCCUAUUUCUGGCUAUUCGACAGGUCUUUGAGAGAUAUGUUGCCACACCAUUAGCCUCUCUGCUUGGUGUUAAGGAAACGGUCAGAAGGCGAGUUACACACAACCUAACACUGGAGUCCUACUAUUGCAACGCAACUAAAACCCCCUCACAGAGUUCAGUAGAGAAACUGUGCAAGCAGACGGGGUGGACAGAGCGACAGGUCCAGCGCUGGUUCAGGCGGCGCAGGAAUCAAGACAGACCCAACCUUCUCAAGAAGUUUUGUGAGGCCAGCUGGAGAUUCGCCUUUUAUCUUCUCGCCUUCAUUGGUGGUCUUGUUGCACUAAUAGAUAAACCCUGGUUGUAUGAUCUGGAGGAGAUGUGGAAAGGGUUCCCCACUCUGACCCUCUUGCCGUCUCAGUACUGGUACUACAUGCUGGAACUGAGUUUCUACACCUCACUUCUUUUCAGUGUGGCAUCUGAUGUCAAACGUAAAGACUUCAAAGAGCAGAUCAUUCAUCAUGUGGCCACCAUCAUGCUGAUCAGUUUCUCCUGGUGUGUUAAUUACAUCAGAGCGGGAACGCUCAUCAUGUUCAUGCACGAUUCAGCUGACUAUCUACUAGAGUCAGCUAAGAUGUUUAACUACGCGAGAUGGAAGAACGCAUGCAACUACAUCUUCAUCCUGUUUGCUGUGAUCUUCAUCGUCACACGCCUCAUCAUCUUCCCUUUCCGGAUCAUGUACUGUACGUGGGUGUAUCCCGUGACCGUGUACCCUCCUUUCUUUGGAUAUUACUUCUUUAACGGGCUGCUGAUGGUUCUUCUGUGUCUGCACAUCUUCUGGGCCGCGCUGAUCAUACGCUUGGCCUUCCGCUUCUUGAGGAGUAACUCGUCAGUAGAAGAUGAGAGGUCUGAUAGAGACGAGACGGAUGAGUCAGAGGAGGAAGAGGAGAUGAAAAAUGGAGAGAUAAAGAAAAAUGGACCAGUUCAGAAUGGUCACGCUGCAUAUAACAACAACCGCUCAAAAACAGAGUGACGUCCUGAGAGGACAGGAUGGAGAAAUGCUCAAAAACACAAAGACUCUCCUGAAGCAGAACAGAGAGGAGUGAAGAACAGAGGAACAGUCCCAGUUUUACAAACAGAUAAUCGCUUUGUACACUACAGAGUACAGAGAAACACACACAUACAGUAACAGUCAUCACAUGAACACAGGCACAUCGGUCACAAGUGCCAAACAGAGGAAUGCUGCCUCUACUGACAUAUGCUUACAGGAGCAGGUCACUUAAAAAUCAAUAUCAUUUACUGAUGUUGUUCCAAACCUCUAUGACUUUCUUGGAGUUAUUUAUGGCAGAACGUCCAAACUGCUCUUGCCUAUAAAGCCAAUGGUGAAGCUGUUGUACGACUUGAAAUAAAGUGCUCAUGUCGUGCGGACUUCUUUUAUGGUGCAUUUUUGUGCAUUCUGUAGCUAAUUUUAUUGUAUGGAAGAGAGCAGCUCAGACAUUACGCUAAACUUUUCUUUUGAUGUCCUAAAUAAAAAAGCCAUAUGGGUUGUGGACAACAUGAUGACAGAACACUUAUUUUAGGUGACCUGCCCCUUUAAAUAGUGCCUUCCUUUGCCAUCGUUUGC